UGUUGGCGUACAUCAGCAGGACCACGACAAGCAAACCUAGGGUAUCCCUGGUCUACUCCAUGCCCUCCCACAACGUGUCGCUGCGGCUGCAGGGCCUCCGGGAGAAAGACUCUGGGUCCUACCGCUGCUCUGUGAAUGUGCAAGACCAUCAAGGCAUAAAUAGGAGCCACAGCAGCAAAACUUUAGAACUCAGUGUGCUGGUUCCUCCAGCUCCUCCGUCCUGCCGUCUCCUGGGUGUGGCCCGUGUGGGGACCAACGUGACCCUGAGCUGCCAGUCCCCCAGGAGUAAGCCAGCUGCCCAAUACCAGUGGGAGCGGGCACCCCCAUCCGCCCAGGUUUUCUUUGCACCAGUUUUAGGUGAGGGAACUUCUGGAGACAAAUGAG